GUCUUUUGUCGGAGCUGUGGUUUCGAACUCCUGUCGUCAGUUUCAUUUUUCUCAAGCUUUCUGCAAGUUUAUCGAGGCGAUCUUUGUGUUUUUUGGAGUAAAAUCAUCAUGGCUUCACCAGCAAGUGUUAACAGAAGCUACGUCGAACAGCUGCGAUUGGAGGCUAACUUUGUUCGCACUCCCGUAUCCAAGACAGCGCAAGCUCUCGCCCAGUAUGUCGAGGAAAAUAUGAAUUCAGAUCCGCUGGUUACUGGAGUUUCAAGUUCGCUGAAUCCCUACAAAGAGAAGUCUUCGUGUACUUUAUUCUAGCGUCGAACAACAGUUAUAUAUAUGCAGUGUGCGUGUGCUUGUGUUUUGUUGACUGUUGGCGCCUAGAGCAUUGGUGUGCAGCAUUUGAGGAUAUCUUUCGUUUUCGUUGGUUCUUGUCCCGCGCCUUAAUUCCUUUUUCUUGCAGUUUGACUGAAAACUUAUCGUCUGAUCUACUGUUUAAACAUUUUUUUUUUAUCUGCACCCGAGUUUUGCUUUUGCUGUUAUUGCAAGUCAUCCAGAUGUGGUUUUGUGAUCUGUCUACUUUGUAAACAAAGAACUAUCUGAGUAGCAACCGAGCUCGAAUUUUGACCUACGUUGGAACUUAGCUCUGGAGAAGACUUAUUUAUUUGCCUGUUAGGGAUGUACUCAAGAAACCCGCAUACGUUUAAUCUUAUGGAAAACAAGCCAACAGAUUGUGAAUUAAAUUUAAAUUAGAUUAUUGUAUUUAUACAAACAGUUUUUCCAUGAAAUUGAUUCUUGUGUGGGCUUACUGGACACCUGUAAGUUCACGUAUAUCAUAAUUUAAUGGAUUAAAUGAUUGUAAUUUAAAAAUCUAUAGAGAUUUUUCGCUCUUUGGGAGUAGCUACCAAAUAACAACCACUUCAGGCAACUUGAGUUACAUCAGUUCCUUGUGCUGGAAUUCUUCAAAGAACAAGGGGUAAGGGUGCAUUGGUGUCUUUGUUUUUUUUUUUUUGAGGCCGUUGUUUUAGUUUUUUGCCCAGAAGUUUGCAGUUUUUUUUGGUUACUUUUAGCCCCUUCUUUCUUGAGUGGUUUUACAAAAAGUUUUGUUGUUGUUGUUCGUUUUUUGUGUGUGUGUGUUUGGGGGGGGCGGGGGGGGACAUAUUUACUUUCAUCAUAUUUACCUUUAUUGGUUCAUUUGUGUUAAGGUACAAUUUCUGCAAAGUUUUAACCGUUCAGUCUGUAAGAGUGCCCAGUGUCAAAUUCUUCUUUGUCUCAGUGCAUAUGGAAACACAGUGGUCUGAGAAAAAAAAAUAUAUAAAAAAACAUGAUCACAUAAGAUGAAUUUAAUCAGUACUUUUGACAACUUUUCCCUUCUACUUCUAUAGAAAAUGUACAGGGGCAGCAAAUGAAAAUUUUCCUUUUGAUAUUAGGGUUUUGAAGGGUAAUAAAUCAGUUACAGUGCAACCCCCCCUCCCUCACCCCUUCAGGGUACCACCCCAAUCAAUAUACCGCCCCCUCAUUAUUACAAUCAGGCGCAAAAGUACAUGGCUCCACUCUGCAAGGGCAUUUAAGUUCUUUUAGAAUCGAGAGUGACAUUUGUAAAUGUUGAUCAUUGAAGUAAAUUAUGCAACUUUUCAAUAUUCAUCUACUUUAAUUUGCGUUACUUUGGUGGAUUUUUAACUAUUUUCUUCCAGCCUCACCAAAAAUGAUAGGUCCUUAUAUUUUCUUUGUCCAACCAUUGAAGUUAAAGGGCAUGACAGAGCUGAACAUUUCUUUCUCCAAGGAUGUUAUGAUUCGAAAUCAUCCCACUUGCAUUUAUAUUUUAGUCCAUUACAAUAAUAUUUCAUAGAGCAUUAUUCAAUUAGUGUGAGUUGUAAGACCACAAGAAAAGUAACUGUUGUUGCGGUUCUGCAUAUUUCUCACGCAAUUUUGUUGCCAAAAAGAACUUUUUCUGUUUAACCAACAGUUGUUCUCGAUGGUGGAAGUAAGAAAAGGACUUUACUCUUCCUUUUUAUUUUCUUGUGUAAAUCAGGUCAGCUUUUUGGCUUAGUUUCCGUAAGAAAGCACCAAGUUUAUAUCCAAAAAAGUCAAUCAUAGCAUCACUUUCACUCUAAUGUUAAGGUACUAAGUGCACAACUGUAAAAUGCUCUACUGGAUAUAGAGUGAAACCUACUGUGAAAUAUAUCAUUAAUUAAUUGUUUAUUUAUUGUCAUCUAAUUUCGUUUAUCAAGGAGAUGUCUAUGUAAUAAAAUUAUGGAAAUUAUUAAUAUAAAUGAUUAUAAUAUGUGGCACUGGUGUACUCUUGUACUUUAUAUUCAUUCAACAAUUGAAUACUCAAAUAUGUGACACUUGUUUACUCUUGUUCGUUAUACAAAUAAAUUAGUAUAAAUGUAUUGAUUUUAAAUUUUAAUAAUUUUAAAUUUUAUCAAGUGGUUCAAACUCCUUUUAUAAAUAUAACUAAAAACAAGGCAAAAUAGCAUUUAAAUUAAGGUUAGAAUUGAACCACAGCACAUAUACUGGUUAUUCAGAGGAUUUCUUAAUUCCUUUUGUUUAAGAAGAGGCUCAAAAAAAAUCUUUGAGACCAGGAUGUAGGAGAAUAACAGCCAUUUUGACAUGAUUUGGCUUGCUCUAAAAACUCUCACAAACAAAUUCUUAUUGCCUUUGAUGAGUUGCUGGGGUUAAUUUACAGGUGAUGUUCCAGGUGUGACCAAAGGUGCAUUGAUUAAGGUCAGGGUUUGAGGUAAAGGAUCUUGGGUCACACCUGGACACCUGUAAUUAAGAUAAAGUAGCAGCAUAUUCAUUAUCAUUUAAAAACUAAAAUUUUUUUUAGUUAACAUAGAACAAAAGAGAAAAGGUGAGUCAUGGACCCUUACCCCAACACACACCCACACCUUUAGAUCCUUUGACACGAUCGUUAGAUUUUUAAUUUUUUGCAAGUGUUUCAUCAAAACCUUCAGACAAAUUCUAUCAAAAAUGUUAUUUAAAGAAGAGAAUUGUAAAUUACAAUUUUGAAAUGUAUUAACAUGUGUACGGCGAUCUUCGACAGUUUCCGUAAACUCUCGGGAAUCUUCGUACUACUUCCGUUUUCCUUACUGCUCAUACUCGGUAGGAAACCUCACCCACUGCUCGGCUUUCAUUUUAUGUGUUGUGUGUGAAGAUCAGACUCUGUAGCGGCUGUAGCAUCACCCCUACUGUUGGAAAGAGAAGUAUUCCAGGUGACAGACACAGUCUUAAAGCGUUCAGCAGGCCUUUCCUUGCCUUUUGGAUUUCAUAAUGUCGUAUGUUACUACAAGUGAGACCUACAGACUUCAGAAAAUCGUAGUGGAUCAGCUUAGAACAGAAAAGAAUGUGCGCCGCAUCAAAGUGUCUGAAGCCGCAAACGAACUGAAAAGCUACGUGGAAAAAAUCCAGCGAGAAGAUCCUCUGGUGACUGGCGUUCCGGGCAAUCAAAACCCUUUCAAAGAAAAGAGCUCUUGUACUCUGAUCUAG